CUUCUAGCGCGCUUUCGUUUGGCACUGACUACACUUCUGCAUUUAAAGUGCAACUGCGAUCAAUAUCAGCGCACCUUUCGUCGCCAGAGACAUUUCACCACCAGCAGUCGUCUUCAUCAGACGUUCAUCUGUUUGCCAAAAAUGAGCAACACAAAAAGCUUUGGAUUCAGCAUCUACUCUUUCCCUGAUCGUGUAAUGCCGGUGGAUCUGGCCAUGCAUGCACAGAUUAGCUCACCGCUGUCUCAGCUCCUAGGCAUGUCUGCUCUCAGGGCAUCUCCACCCAACGUGCCCUCACCAGAGCUCCAACGUGCCAGGCUUACACCCCCUUCACCCACGUCUUCACUAUCUUCGUCCAGCUCUGCCAGCUCCCUGUGCUCGUACUCUCCAGGCACCGGCACGUUGCGCAAGAAGAAGCGAGUCGUGUUUGCAGACACUAAAGGUCACGCUCUAACAUCCGUGCGCAUCUUCACCGCUGACCCCUCGGAGUCCGAACCAGAAGAUGCCCCUCAACCUGAGGAGCAUGUGAAGCCUAAAGCACCCAUGCAGAGCGCUAGACUGCGACUCAAACUUGACUUUCCGCAGCCCGUUGCGGACCGUGCAAGCUUGAAGGAAACCUUGGUGCAACUAGAGAGCUGUAGCCUGAGCGAAAAGGCGCUGAGCGGGACGGUACGGGUCUGCAACAUUAAAUUCGACAAGACCGUCUUCAUCCGCAUAACGUUUGACUCGUGGCGAAGCUAUAAAGACAUUGCGUGCACGUAUGUGAGGCAACCAAACGCAGGUUUGGAGACUGAUUUGUAUUCUUUUAAUGUGUCUCUGCCGUCUGAUCUGGACCCGAAGGAGCGCCUGGAGUUUGUGCUUGUGUUCCGACCCGGCAACAGCAAACUGCAGCUCGUGGACAACAACAAAGGGAAGAACUACCACGUUCUGGUGGAAAACGUGGCGCCCGAACCUCGUCUGGUGACGAAAAGCAGGCGAACCUUUGUCAUACCAAGUCCUCAGCGUUAUUCCGCGUGGCCCGGGGUCAGAGGUCAUGAACUGCAGAGGACGAGACACCUGGCAUGCAAAGGCCUGCCCUACACAGACCACCUGUUAAGCAGGACCUGGGGAAGGAUGGCCAAUGUUCCUCCGUUAUGUUAAGAUGGGACUGAGGCGCUUGUGCGGUCGACAUUUCUACAGUACUUGACUUAAUUGAUUUUCUGCCCCGUUUUAUACACAAAACUUGAAUAGACAGUGCUUGCUGGUUUGCACAUGCUGCUGAAGCGGUGAAAUGUGAAUGUUUACUUUGUUUUGUACAUUUAUAUAUAUAUAUAUAUAUAUAUAUAUAUU